AUGGCGCCGGUCAUGUCACGCACAAACAGAAUGUGGUCUCGGAGAGAAAUCGAGGGAUUGAUAGCAGAUGGGCGAAAGAUAAUCAUAUUUCGUGGUCAGGUACUGAAGGCCGACGCGUGGAUACCAUAUCACCCAGGUGGUGAUAAAUCAAUAUUGCACAUGGUCGGUCGGGAUGGGACGGACGAAAUCACAGCAUUGCACUCAGAGGAAGCACAAACAUAUAUGCAAAAAUAUGUGAUAGGAAGAGUACAUGGAAGAUGGGAAAAUCUCUUGCCUCCGAUACAGGGAGGAAUAUUCAGAACGCUGGUAUCGAAGGACGAGGACGAAGCCGAAGAUGUCAGCUCAUCUGGACAAUCGACACCACCAUCACUCGUCUUUGAUACUGAAGAAACAGGAGACGAAGUUCGUCUGAGGCGUAUAGGCAAUGAUACACCUAUUUCUCAAGCUUCAUUAUCAGAGCCAGAAUCGGAGCUAUUCAAAUCUGCGGAAGCGUCAACAGCUCACGCGAUAUCAUCAGACUUUUCAAAAUAUCCUCGUCUUGAUCAAAUGUCACAAGAUGAGGUCAUCUCGAAGUACCGUCACCUCGAUGAAAAAUUGCGAUCCGAGGGACUCUACCAGUGCCCAUAUAGCUCCUACGCUGUCGAAUUUAUCCGAUACUCGACUCUUUUUGUUCUCUUCUUGACAUGUCUUCACUAUUCCUAUUACGUUCUUUCGAGCCUUUUCCUUGGGUUACUCUGGCACCUGCUUUCAUUCCUCGUUCACGACGCCGGUCAUCUAAGCAUAACACAUGGGUUCCACACGGACAGCUGUAUUGGGAUUUUUGUUGCAGAUUUUAUUGGUGGUCUUUCAGUUGGUUGGUGGAAACGGAAUCACAACGUGCAUCAUAUAGCAACCAACUCGCCCGAGCAUGAUCCGGAUAUCCAGCAUAUGCCAUUUUUUGCCAUUUCUUCUCGAUUCUUUGGCUCCCUACGCUCGACCUACUAUGACCGCGAUAUGCCUUUCGACGCGGCAUCACGAUGGUUUAUCAAGCACCAACAUUAUCUCUACUAUCCCAUACUUCUAAUGGGUCGUUUCAACCUAUACCGCCUAGCAUGGUCAUACCUACUAGAUCCGAAGCAAUCGCCUCGCAAAGGCUCAGCAUGGUGGCAUCGCUACCUUGAAAUGACCGGCCAGGUGUUUUUUUGGUACUGGUACGGCUACCGAACGCUUUACCUCUCGAUACCCACGUGGUCGUCCCGCAUCGCGUUCCUGUUCAUCUCUCAUAUGGUCACCGCUCCGUUACACGUCCAACUCACGCUUAGUCACUUUGCCAUGUCGAGCGCCGAUGGGGGCGUCCACGAGUCUUUUGCUCAGAAGAUGGUGCGGACAACGAUGGACGUUGAUUGCCCGCCUUGGUUGGACUUUAUACAUGGCGGUCUCAAUUUCCAAGUCGUGCACCAUUUAUUCCCUCGUCUCCCAAGACAUAACCUACGCCGUGCGCAGAAGUAUGUCAAGGAGUUCUGUGAUGACGUUGGAAUACCCUACGUAAUAUUCACUUUUACACGCGGGAACAAGGAAGUCAUUAGCAGACUGGGUGAGGUUGCUGAGCAAUUGAGGGUGAUGGAGGAAUGCAGAAAAGUUGCUGCGAAGGAUUUGAUUGACGGUCACCACAGUCAUUGA